AUGGAGUCCCCGCCGUCCCCGCCGUCCCCAUCCGACGCCCUUCUUCUCCGCCAGGGCGGUAAGCCUCUUCCGCCCGCCUCUCAAUGCUUCCCCUGGCGGCCCCACCAUUUCUCCGCGCGCCUCACUCCGCACGGCGCUUCCUCCCCGGGCGGAAGUUCCGCCGUCCCCCACGCGCGCGGAGGCACGCCGACGUGCUACGGCACGGCGGGCAGUCCGCUCCCCUUCGCGCGAGUCCUCGAGCUCAUGGCCAGGCGCCGGCGCGCCCGCAACGGCAGCGGCGGCGGCGGCGGCGGCGGCGGAGGAGGAGUAGGAGGAGUUGGCGGCGGCCGGCACGGUAGCCGGCAGGGCGGUGGGAGGACGCCGGUCAACAGUCAGCGGCGCCACGUGUCAGUCACAGGCUGGAAGCAGCAUUCUCUUGACAGGGAGGGACCAGUUAGAGCGGACUUGAAUAAAAGGUUGGAGGAGUGCCGAGCGCAGCAGGCGAGUCAUGGCAGCACGGACAGGCAGGAUAGGGUUACUGGCGCGGGGAAAGGGCGCGGGGAGGCGGGAGGCGCGGACAGGGCGGAAGCGCAAGCGCGCGCGGUACAGGCGGAAGGGGUGAGUGGAAAACUGGAAGAUUUGGCGCAGCGCGCGCGGCUGGCGGAGGCGCAGGUGGACAUGGCGGAGUUACAGGCGCAGGUGGUGUGCGCGGAGCUGCAGUGGAUACGGAGCGCCGUGGAGAGGCAAGAGGCGGGCGUAGCCGCCGUGUUGGCGGAACUGGCGGGGCUGCGCCAGCGCGUGCACCGCGCGCGCAAGGGCGCGGAGGGGGAGGAUGGCGGGGACAGGGCGCAGGAGUCCGGGGAAGGGAAGAUGCGCGAGGUGCAGCAGGUGGAAGCGGCUGUAGCGUCGGCGGAGGCGCGGCUGUGGCGGGUGGAGGCAGCUGCUGCUGAUGCGCGCGCUUCACUCAUUGCCCUGGGGGGAGAGGCGGGGGAAUUGGGGGAAUUGGGGGGAAUUGGGGCGAGGGAAGUGUAUGGUGAGUGGUGGUGCGAGGCUGGGCUGGGAAUGGAGCGAGUGGGAGGCGCGGUAGGGAUGGGGGUGGGGUGUGGUGGGGAGGUGUGUGGAGGGGUGAGAGGGUGUGCGGGGCUUGAGGGGUACGGUGUGGGGGAGGUGGGUAUGAGCGCAGCAGAAUUUGCUCUGGAGCUGCAGAGACGGUUAGAGGAAGUUCAAAAGGAGUUGGUGGGCAAGGGGCAGGGGCACAGAGUGGUGCAGGAGAAGGAGGGGCGUGGAGGAGUGGAGGGCGCAGGUGGGGAAGCUGUUGGGGCUGGGGGAGCUGGCGGAGCUGGGGGGGCUGGGGGAGCUGGGGGAGUUUCGCUCUCAGUGGAAGGAAAGGGGGAGCAGCCAAUGGUGGAGGGAACAGAGCGAGUGAGAGAGGUUGAGCAGGCUGCACGUGGUGGGGUUGAAACAGGUGGACUGACCGAUUUUGAAGAGGCUUGCGACAAAGGGACAACAGAGCUCAAGCAUGGGACGGAUUGCGAAUUGCUGUUGGGAAAACAGGCUAGAUCGGAAGACGUUAAGCGGGAUGGAGAGGUGGUGAGACCGGAAGAGGAGGCAGGAUUGGGCAAUGGAGAUUUGAGGUUCUGGGAUAGAAUAAACGGGGAGAGCAAGCUGCUGGGGGGUGGGGGAGGGUAUGGAGGUGUUCAGGGAGCUGCUGCUGAUUCGGGCAGUGCGAAGGAUAUCCACGUGAACAUUGGUCUCACAAGCUCAGCGCCAAUAUUGGCAUCGCAAGCACGCGUUAACUCCGCAACCCAAAUGCACCAGAACCAGUUGUGUGUGAGCAAAGUACGCCAGUGGCAGCCGGUGUCGAGAACAGAGGACCAAGAAGAGGCCAAGAUUCUUCGGGAUGCUAUGGAGUAUCUUAAGAAGGAAGUCGAGCGAGCACAGAAAGCAGCACCACCAUUGGUCAGGGCUUCCCUUGCAGUGCAACCAGAGAGACGGAAAAGAGCUUCAGACUGUUACGCUAUCUUGGGACUGACUGCACAAGCAGGAGCAGAUGAGAUUCGACAAGCUUACAGACGACUCGCACGCAUUUAUCAUCCUGACACUAACUCAUCAGAAGACACAGUACCGAAGUUUCUAGAAGUUCACGAAGCGUAUAAGAUUGCUUUGCGGCGACAAGAGAGAGCCCAGGCAAAGGCUCUUCUAGAAUCUCAUGCCGGAGCCGACGAAAUUAGACAAGCAUACAGACGACUCGCGCGCAUUUAUCACCCCGAUGCCAGUGGCGCUGAGGACACGACGUCCAUGUUUCUGGAAAUCCACACCGCUUAUAAGUCCGCUCUCAAGCUUCAGGAGAGACGACAAGCCAAGGCAUCCAUGGCGUCGACGUCAGAAGCCGCCGUCAAGCCGUCCCCGUCCUCUCAAAAAACCCCGCAAAGACCCGCCAGGAGAAGAGACGAUUUCGACGACAUUUGGGACCUAAUGGGUGCGUCGCCUCGUCGGCAGGCAUCUCCGCGGAGACAGACCACUCCCAAACACGUUUAA